UUUUCCUUCCGACGCAGUAUCGCGCGCCAUCGUCGCCGCGGAAGCGGCACCGGUGGCACGUAGCGAUACUACACGUUAUUAAUAUAGAUCGCGAGACCGAGAAACGGUCCCGCGUUAUUGCCAAAAUCGUCUUUUCCGCCGCCGCACGUAUUCGUCUCUUCCGACCGCCACGCUGUGCGCGUAUCACCACAGUCCUCAGUCAGUCGUCCGCACUCCUGUCGGCAUCACUCACGCAUCGCGGUCCGUCUUCUCGCGUGACGUUUUCGAUCGCGACGACGCAUACACGCGCCCACCCGAGUUCUUCCUGCGCACCGAUCGACCGCGUGACGUUUGCCCUCGUCGCGGUGCUCUUCUGGCGGCCGCGAUCUCCGUGCAAUAGGCACCGCCAACCGAUCGGUACGCGACAGUACAAUCCAAGCGCCGGGGAAAACGGUCGUUUUGAAUUCGUUCGCGCAUCGACCGCAGUCGACGUGCACUUGUGUUCACCACGAAUCCACCGGUACUGGAUACAGUCGUUUCACGAUGGACUUGGAAUUUGAUUCUCCAACAACUUUAAUUGAAGAUAUUACGUUACCAUCAUUGCUGACUAGUUUUAGUACAUCAACAGCAAGUUCAGUAGAAUUUACAUCAUCAGAAUCAGAAUCUGAAACUACUCGAAUAUUACCCAUCGUAAAACAAAAUCUAGAGAAAUAUGUUUAUAAAGGUCCAAUAAAAUCAUAUUCUUUAGUUGAUUUAACAACAAUCAAAUCUUUUAAACCUCUUCUACGUGAAGAUUCAGCUAUUUAUUCUACAGAAACAUUAACAAGUGCCAUGACUUCUAGAACGGAAUCUGGUAUUCAUCAUUCUAGUAGUUGCUUGAAUGUGACCGGUAAAAAUAAAAAAAAGUAUGCACAUGUUGAAAGUAAAGUUAAACAAUACAUAAAGGAUAUUAAGGAUAAUGAAGCUAAAAGUAAAGCAACAAGAUAUAGUUUACAACCUUCAGUAAAAAAACAGCAAGUUGAUAAAUAUGUUGAUGAAAUGAUUAAAAAUGAGGCUGAUGAAAUCAUGAAUUUAAAGAACAAUUUAAAAAAACUGGAAGUUCAAUUAUUAGAAAAAAAUAAGCUUAUAGAACAACUUCAAUAUAAUUAUAAAUUAAUGGAAAAUAAGUAUAAUUCCGCAACAAAUAUUAUUUUAAGAAUGGCAAAACCUAGUAGAGAUGUAUUGAAAUUUACUGAAAAUGAAUUAAUUGAGCAAUUAUCACCAGGUCAUAGCAUACCACCUCCUAAAGAAGUUUGGGGACAUGGUUAUAAAUUGAAAUCUUCUAAUACUUUAUCGGCAAUUAGAAAAGAUAACUCUAAACUAGAGAAAGAAAAUGGUCUUAAGGUUAGAAAAGUUAAAUCUGGAGGCGAUUUAAUAAAUUUUUCCAAUGCUGAUGCUUACAAAACCUUAAGAGAUUCUCGAUCUGCUAUCCAAAAGGUGAAGAGAUGGCAAGAAUCAUUAGCAAGCACUGAUGUUUCUGAAAUGGAUACAGACCAAGAAGUUGAAUUUCAAUCACCACAUUCUUAUUCUAUAUCAUCUAAUGAUUUGUCCUUAAGUUCAUUAGAAAUAUCACCAUUGAUAAAUCAUAAAUACCCUAAUAAACAUGAAUGUCGUAGUGAUUCUUCUGGUUGUGGUAUGUCUUCCACUAGAGUAUCUAAAGAAAAUACAUUAGUAAGUGGUAUUAAUAUGCCAGUUGAUAACAAACUGUGCUCUUCUGGUGAUAUGGCUAAAUUAUAUACCUCUACACCUAUUAAGAGUGUUGAGUAUAAUUUAUGUUCAACUAGAAGCAGAGGUACAAUAACAUCAAACAAACAAAAUGAUGAUUCACAUAAACGGCGUCAGUCAAAGAAAUACAGAAGAACGAAGUCUAAAACCGAAGAGAGUUUUGGCACAAAUGAAGCCGAUGAAUUUAUGUGCCAAUUCAAACAUUGUAUUGGUGUCAUAAAUGGAGUUGUUACAAAAAUGGAACAAAGUUUUAUGUCUCAAAAAUAGAUAUUUAUUUAUUUUAGAUUGAAAUGUAUAAUUAGGCUUAUAAAUAAUUUUGCAUAAAUAAUUGAGUAUAGAAAUAAUAGUAUCAAUGACUAUGUAUUAUUAUA